AGCUGUCCUUCAAAGCCAUGGAAAGGACCGCGACACAGAUGGCGGCGUGGCUGGCGCAGUGUCGGAAGAUCAUCGACGAGCUGGAGAGGCGCCAGAAGGCGAUGCAGCCGUUCCUCCACGCGAUCCACCCGUUUCUGCGGCACAAGGAGGACAAGGACGACGACACGAAGCUGCUGACGGUGCACAUCGCCGGCAGACGAGUGUCCGUCCUGCCCCGCACGCUCAAGUGCUGUCCUAGCGGCCAUCCCCUUCUGGAACUCUUCGCCACGUGAGCCCAUGCAAUGACGAGGGAAAUGGAAGCCGCUUAGCUGAUGGGUGUGUGUGUGUGUGUGUGUUUGUGGUGUUGUGUGUGUGCAGUGAGCCGCCUGCCCGCCAUUUGCCGUUCAAGUACAUCCAAAAGAUCGUCGACUUCGCCAGACGGAAGGCCGUCAUGGGCGCAAAUGUGUUGGUGAUGCCACCCACAGUAAAACCCCGAGAGGUGACCGUCUUCCAGGGCGAGAUGGAGAAGUACGGCUCCAAGCCGAGUGAGGUCUACUGCAAUGAUGGCGGCGGUGAGAUGGGCUUCGACGGGCUGGAUCUGGUCAUCAAGCUCGAGACGGAGUGGACACGGGUGCUCGAGAUGAUCAAGGAGGAGAUCCGGGAAGAGCUGAAGGCCAACCAGGUAAAGUGAAAUGGAUGGAUGGAUCGAUUGGGCACUCUUGCUGUCUCUCUCUCUCUGUCUCUCUGUGUGUGUCUGUGUGUGGGGGUGCAGGAAGACCUGUCAUCCUUGCCCCCGAUGCUAUUUCGGUCAACACUUCUCUACAAGUACGCCACACAGACAGACAGACUGACAGACAGACACCCACGGUAGAAGGAACCCCCCUUCUCUCUUGUCUCCUGCUGCCAGGUCUUCUUGCGAUGGCACGGCUUACACCACCCUGCUCGACAGCACCAAGGGCAAGGAAGGCCUGCUCUUCCUCUUUCGACAUGGCGACACCCACCGAUUCGGCGCCUUCGUCAUGGGCGGCCUGCAGGAGCCGGAAGACCCCACCAAGGAGAACUACUACGACACAGGCAUCUUCUUCUUGUCGCUCAAGGGCGCCUACGCCCGGCCAACGAAGAUCCCCCUCGACGACCCGGCGCAGUGCGUCUGCAUGGGCGGCCGACAGGGCGCCGCGAACAAUGCCGACGAUGAGCCUGCGGCGAAGAUGUUCCUGGGCGACGGCCGCCUGUGGCUCGGGUGGGGCAUUGGCGACCCUCAGGGGCCGUCAAAGGACAUCACCCAGUGCCACACGUGGUGAGUGGGCACACGUACACCACACCCAGUGCAAAGACGAGACGACCGGUUGGUUAUUGUGUGAUUGCAUGCCAUAUAUAUCUAGGCUGGAUCGGGACGACCUGCCGCAGGGCUACCAGGGGAUAUGGAAGGACGGCGUCGGCUCACUGGCCGCCAGCGACUUCUUCGCUGCCGAUGACAUCGAGAUAUGGAACAUCUGUAAGUCAGCUAGCUCCACGUGGGAUGGGUGGCUCGGGUGUGUGCUCCCUCUCUCUCUCUGUGUAUGUGCAUGCGUGUGUGUGCGUGUGUGUGUGCAGGCCACAAUUGGCCCAGGAGGACCAGUACUUGACUGACACGAUGAUUGAGUGCCGCGCUGCAUUUGGUGUGCAUUUGUCUGUUUGCUGCACUCGGCAUGGCCUGACUGUGACCUUCCCGAGGGCAGUUUGCAGGAGACUCACUAAUCUCUGUGCCGUCGUGAACAUUUGAUUUCAAUCGUCCGAUCGGUG